UCUUAUCCUGCGGCUGAAUCUGGUGCACGUAUUAACUCACUGCUGUGUCCAAGGCAUGGUUAGGAGCAAGAUGAAAUAGUUGCCAUUUGUGGUUGGUGGCAACUUUCUUCGGGUACUUUUCGCAUCCAGGAGGGUUAUCAGCAAGUCCUGAUGGUAGAGCUACUCCCUAGGAAUAUGAAGAGCAAGCACGUGUGAUGCCUCCCAGGGACAAUGAAUACAGAGUGCAAGUAGCUGGUAUGAUACAAAUUGAAGGACAGAAGACCGGAGAGCUGUUGGUUGUCCUACAGGAGGAUUUGAAAUAUAUCCAUGCUAUAGUAAGUGGCAGGUGCGAGGAAGAUAGAACUUGCACUCAAGGUUUUGUGCAACUCUUAGAAUACUUGGUGAAUGAUUCAAGUUGAGGACAAUGACUGAAACUUGAUAAAAUCUUGGGAGUUCAAGCUGCUCAGAUGGAAUCACGUAUAGGUGUUUGGGAGGUGCAGGAGGAUUUCCAUAAGUCUGAUGUGCUUCUUAGAAGUCACCUUAACAAAUGGCGGCGCAGUGUGUGACAAAGGUGGAGCUGACUAUUGCAUGCACCAAUCUCUUGGAUAAAGAUGUUGGUUCCAAGUCAGACCCCCUGUGUGUGCUUCUCCAGAAUACAAGUGGUCAGCAGUGGUAUGAGGUCGAUCGCACAGAAAGAAUUAAGAAUUCCUUGAACCCAAAGUUUUCAAAGAAAUUUCUAAUUGAUUACUAUUUUGAGCUUGUUCAGAAACUUAAAUUUGGAAUAUAUGACAUUGAUAACAAAACCUUUGAUCUGAGUGAUGAUGACUUCCUGGGAGAAUUUGAAUGUACACUGGGGCAGAUAGUUUCUAGCAAGACUAUAACAAAACCAUUAGUACUUAAAAAUGGCAGACCUGCUGGAAGAGGAAGUAUUACGAUUACAGCAGAAGAAGUGAAGGAUAACAGAGUGGUUGUAUUCGAAGUAGAAGCAAGGAAAUUGGACAAUAAGGAUUUUUUUGGGAAGUCAGAUCCUUAUCUGGAAUUCCACAAGCAAACUGGAGAUGGAAACUGGGUGAUGGUUCACAGAACAGAGGUUAUUAAAAACAACUUGAAUCCUGUUUGGAGGCCCUUUAAAAUUUCUCUCAAUUCUCUGUGCUACAGUGACAUGGAUAAGUCAAUCAAGGUUGAGUGCUAUGACUACGAUGGUGAUGGGUCUCAUGAUCUCAUAGGAAGUUUUCAGACCACGAUGUCAAAACUGAAGGAAGCAUCUCGAUCUUCACCUGUUGAAUUUGAGUGCAUCAAUGAAAAGAAAAGACAGAAGAAAAAAAACUAUAAAAACUCUGGCAUUGUGAGCGUUAAGCACUGUGAGAUCAUAGUAGAAUGCACAUUCCUGGAUUACAUCAUGGGUGGGUGUCAGCUGAAUUUCACAGUGGGGAUAGACUUUACAGGCUCGAAUGGAGACCCGCGCUCUCCAGACUCCCUUCAUUACCUCAGCCCUAAUGGAGUUAAUGAAUACCUAACAGCAAUUUGGUCUGUAGGGAUGGUCAUUCAGGAUUAUGAUACAGAUAAGAUGUUUCCAGCCUUCGGAUUUGGUGCACAGAUUCCUCCUUCCUUUCAGGUGUCACAUGAGUUCCCAUUGAAUUUUAACCCAUCAAACCCAUUCUGUAAUGGAAUCCAAGGCAUUGUUGAUGCAUAUCGGGCUUGUCUUCCUCAAGUGAAGUUAUAUGGGCCAACCAAUUUUUCUCCAAUUAUAAAUCAUGUGGCAAGAUUUGCUGCUGCAGCUACACAGCAGCAAACAGCAUCUCAAUACUUUAUUCUUCUGAUCAUAACGGAUGGUGUGAUAACAGACCUUGAUCAAACUCGAACUGCCAUAGUUAAUGCUUCAAAAUUGCCCAUGUCCAUUAUCAUUGUUGGUGUUGGAGGAGCAGACUUUGAUGCUAUGGAGUUUCUUGAUGGUGACAAUGGAGUUCUUAGGUCUUCAUCAGGAGAACCAGCUGUCAGAGACAUUGUCCAGUUUGUGCCAUUUAGGAAGUUCCAAAAUUCUCCAAAAGAAGCUCUGGCGCAGUGUGUCCUGGCAGAAGUCCCCCAGCAGGUGGUGAACUACUUCAGCACCUACAAAUUGCAACCUCCUAAGAAUCCUGCUGCAAAGUGAAUGGGCUGAGCAGGCGAGCUGAGACCCUGUGCCUUCUUUACUUGGUGUACCUACAGACUUUGUUCUUGACGUGCUUCUAUGUACAUGUAUAUGCACACCUCCAUGAUAAUGCCUGUUAGCUUUUGUCUGCGAGAGUUUGCGAAGUCUGCCUUUUGAGGGCCAAAAUUGUAAUCGUUUUAAUAUUCACCAUUGAUUUGUGGGAUAGGGCUUAUGUGGGUGUGUUUCAUUUUGAAAAGUAAUACUGGGCGGGGGGGGAAGAGGUCGAAUGUGCAGAGAGGAUGAGGAGAACGAUGAGGGUUGGAAUGUCUGUCUGUUUGAUAAAUACAGCUAGUGAGAGUGUUCAGUUACUUUAGUGGGUAUCAACACCAAGUACUGCAGUUCUCAGUGAUCGUAAAGCCAGUCUGAUGUGGAAAGAGGACAUAUCCCCACCAAGCAGAUCAAAGUUUGUAUAUGCUUCAACAAAUCUGGAAUACUUCAGGGUUCUGUGUCUAUGUAAGCCACCGUAAGAAAACUUUGUCACAGUAGUGAUACAGUUACAUGAGUGCUAGAACAAAAUGUAAAAGUCUUCCUUGUAUGCAUACUUAACAUUUACUACUUCAGUGCCUUUGGUCAGUGCCUGCCAUCCAAGGCUGUAUGAAUGUGAGGGAAACCUCUAACAUCUCAGAAAAAUACUGUUGGCCUAUGAAGCUACAGCCAUAGAGGUUGUAAGAUAUGUUUUGAAUGCGAUCUGUACUGGAAAACAGGAACUUCAGGUGUUUAGUUUAAGUAAAACAGUCAUAUAUAUGACUGUCUUUAAAGAGCAAGGGCUUAUUGUGAAGCGGGAAUUCAUUUUUUAAUUGAAAAAGUUCUGUUUAAUAACUGCACAUUAUCAGAGAUGGUUUUUGAAAGUGCUACUUAUUUAUAUUGUUAUGUUUUGAAUCAUGAAUCUUUCUGAUGAGCUCACUAGUGAAAAGUGCCUGCAGAAAACCCAUCUUCCUACUGGGAAUGAAGAGGAAACAUUAAGAAAGUCUCUAAGCUAAAAUCCUAUAAUCAUACUGCUUUUCUAGGGCAGACAACUUGUUAUAUUUUGUUGGCUUGAGUUUUCACCAUUUUUUCUUUUCAAUAGACUUUAAAGUGUAAAUCACGCUGUAUGUGUGUAGUGGACAGACAAAGCUUUCUUGUCUCCCAGCUGCAUAGUGCUUGAUGAGGAUCUGUUCUGAUCCUAUCCUAUCAGUGCAUGUGGAUGUAAAGGUCCCAUUUAUCAUUUCAAAAUGCCUGUCCUAAACAUUAACUUAGCAGUUUCACAUUUGAAGUGGUUUAGACUUAGACAUCUGCUUGAUCUGAUUUUAGUUGAUCUAGCUGUAGCCUGUUACAACAAAAUGGACUAACACUAAAUCUAGUGUUCUUGUGCACCCAAGAUGGCACCAGAUCAUAGUGGAUGUGCUUGUUCUAGCUGCUGGAGCUGCUCUGCUCUCUUUCCACACGUAUAAUUCUGCCAAAAAUCUGAGUUCAUAUUAACACUGAUGGAUGGGUAUUGAGAUUGUCUUACACAUCCUGUAAAACAUACCAGAUGUUUUGUAGUAGUUGACUAAUUACCAGUUAUGAAUUAAUACGGUAUUCUACACUGCCUUUUCCUGGGUGGAAACGGGUCCUAAAUAGUUAUAGGAGUGGAAUACUAAGAAAGAUUUUGUUUCAUAUUAAGCCACGCUCUAUAUUUUAAAAUCAAAUUCAUGUUUUUGAUUGUAUAGAAAUACAGAAUCAUCUCUUUUCAGUGACAUGCAAAUGUAUUAAUACUUGAUACAUAAUAUGUAAUGAAUUAUCAUGCUAGAUCUGCAACAUAAAAUUCCUACAAUCAAGGAAGUGGGUGGUUAUACCAAACCUAAAUCAUGCUGCUGUAAACUGAUAAAAUAUGAUUUUGCACCAGUAAACUGUUUCACAGCCAAGUGGUCCAUGUAGACAGAUGACUAGAUGCAGUAUUAGUGCUUUGUCUGUAUUCAUUUAACUGGACACAUACUACUGAUAGGAAUUCAGGAUACUACUGAAAUUCCUCUGAACUAUCUUCCAAAAAUAUGAUGUUGCCUCUGAGUUACAUUACAAAUUCUUUCUCAUGUUGUGGUGGAAGUGCAUUUAAAUGCUUUCAAGUAUGUUAAUAAGCAUAAUUGUACUAAAUAUCUGCUGCAUAUAAAAUAUCUAAAACUUGGUUUUCGAUAUUCUUAACAUACUUUGAAUUUCUGGAGCAGAGAAUGCAUUCUCUUGUUGCAAAAAUGCUCCUGUAUUUCUCAAGCUUAGGGAAUUAAAUAGCAUUUCAAUGAUACCUACUUCUCAAUGUGCUCUAUACUAUGUAGAAGAAAAACGUUUCAGAUCUAACAGUGGCAAGAAUCAUUUUCCACAUAUAACUUCUCUUAGAGGCAUACAGCUAACAGCAUGUUGAAAAACUUAGAAGAUUCCAUGUUAGGCUGAAGCAGUAUUCUGAGUCUAGGUAUGUACCAAAUUGUGAGUCAAGGGGAAGGGGAGUUAGUUUGUUGUUUUGCCAUUUUUUUAUUUUUACAUGCAAAAAAUGCCUUACUAGCUUGAGUGUGUCAAGCAGAAUAUUGUCCAAGUUUUGUCAAGUGAAUGUGCUUGUAGGUCACUUGCACCACCUUGUGAUAGAAAUGAUGUAUAGCAGUCUUCAUAAUCGAGCUUUUUGCAAUUUAAUGUCUUAAUAUAUAUACAUGUACAGCAGAGAAAUAACCUGUGACCAGAGUUUUUUUUAAAGUACUUUCUGUAUGUAUUUCAGUUCAGAAGGUAACUGAUUUACAACGCUAUGCAUUAAAACUGUACUUUCA